AUGGAGUGGUUAACGAGUGUUGAGGGCUUAAGUGCCCGUCAGGAGCUGGAGGCGUCCGUUCGUGAGCACCACCCUAACUUGCGUGAUGAGGAGAUCGACCUCAUUGUGGAUGGUCAUCUACUACGCAUGGUUAGGGAGUGCGCGGCGGAGCAAGCACCUGCGAGCAACCAGCAAGGAGGAACCGGUGAAAGAGGAGCUGGGCACGAGGCUCCUACUGCCGUGGGCGUUGGUGGAGGAGCUGUUGCACCGACCAUUGACACGGGAACGAUCGGGGCGAGCUAUGGCCAAUUCAAGUUUGGAGUAGAGCACAUCUUCGUGACGCCGCUGCUGGAGGGAAGGCACGACCUCACCGCGUGGGUCAGCGCCAUCCGACCUCAACUUCAGUGUGCUGAUUUGUGGCAGUUUUGCAACGGGACAGCACCAAGCCCGACCCCAAACAACCCCAUACAACGAAGGGAGUACGCGAAGGGCCAAAUGCUCGCAUUCAUGGUGCUGAAUCGUUGUGUUUCUCCACCCAUCCAAAUGUCUAUUGCUGGAUUCUCUCAGCAAGAGAAAGCCGGGCAGAUGGCAUGGGCAUACAUCUUGUCUACCUAUCAAGCUCGUGAUGCCCUCCACGCUUCCCUACUUCAGACCCAGUUAGCCCAACUCAGGAAGGGAGAUGAUGAGACCGCGGAAUCCUACUGCAAAAGAGCCCGCACCAUCCGAGCAGAGCUGUUGACCAUUGGACAGGAGGUCCACAUGGCCACGUUUGCCGCUCACGUGCUGAAGGGCCUGCCACCGGAACUCUCUCCAUCGAACAAACAGAGCUACAAGCAGAUCACCAGCGAUGCAUCUACUUUCUCGGGCGCUGUGAACACGAUCGUGGCUACAACGGGGGUCAACGGGAAGGAAGGAAAAGGGGGAAAGGAGCAGAUGGACAAGAAGAAGGAUGGCAAGCGGGAGAAGAAGGGAGCCCCCUUCAAAGGGCGCUGCUACAAUUGCAUUGAGGAGGGGCACAUGGCUGCCAAGUGCCCCAACAAGAAGAAGGGUGCAACGCCUGCAGCAGCCGCGAACGUAGCUGAAGGAGACGGGAAGGGCGUGGCGCUCACCGUCGCGUGUUCGGCUGCAAAGUUGCUGGUCGAUGAUAAGGACUUGUGGUUCCUCGACUCGGGGUGCUCCCAACACAUGACCGGCCACAAGGAGAGGUUCACGGUGAUUCGUGACCCAUCUGCAACAAAAUCCGUCAAAGGGUUCGAUGGUUCUAUGCAGGAAGUCGCCGGUGUUGGUGAGGUUUUGCUGGAGGGCACUAACGGCUUGCGUGUGACCCUACAUGAUGUCCUCUUUGUGCCAGGAAUGAAGGCCAACUUGGUCUCCCCUGGGCAGCUCACGGACAAGGGAGCAAACCUGCAAACCGAAGAAGGUGUGACUCGCAUCAUCGCAUCGGGAGGACAAGUGGCUGCAACGGCACGCUACUGCCAUCGUCUUCUCUGCCUUGACCUGAAACCGUGGCCAGCAAGCAACGGCACGAUGGCUGCAACGGCAUGCAACGGCACGGUGGCUGCAGCGGCAUGCAACGGCACGGUGGAUGCAGCGGCAUGCAACGGCUCGGCGGCUGCAGUGACAUGCAACGGCAUGGCUAAGGCGGUUGCUGAAGUGGCGUCAAGCAACCCGGGAACGAAGGCAGGAGCGGCCAGCCUCAAGGCGUACGCGGUGGGCACGAAGGCAACGCCCAACCUGUGGCACGCUCGCCUUGGGCACAUCCACUUCGAUGCAGUGAAGCGAACAGCCACGAGCGGCAGCGUGUUCGGUAUGGACCUGGAGAAAGGAGGUGAGGAUAUGCCGUGCACCUCCUGCCACGAAGCAAAGCUCACUCGCCAAACAUUUCUGCUGCACGACGAGCGAGAGGAGUAG